UGAUUCAUUACAACUGCACUAAUUCAAUUCUUUGUUUCCAAAAAUACACUCUCACUUCUCUGAAAUUCCAUUUCUGCCCCAGCGAUCUAGCGCCACCGCAAUGACAGAAUCCACCACCGCCGAGCAAUCGACGGAGCCACCACCAACAUCCACUCCCACCUCCGUGGCUGCGACAUACCACCUCUACCCCCGCCGCGAGCCCUUCGACCAUGGCCUUCUCCCCAUUCCCAAGCUCAUCUUCACGGAUGGCACGCAAACUCUGUCCCACCUGAAAUCCAUGCUUCUCUCAUCCAGUUCCAAUCAGCGGGUCAACUCGGAUACCCUUGCCCGGGUCCUUCAAAUCCCCAUUGGACAUGCCCGGCUUCUAAUCGAAACCAUAUCCUCUGUUUUGCAUGAUGAUUCUGAUCCUUUAGUCAAGGCUUGUGUUCCGGACGAGAUCGAUGAAAUUGGGGUCAAUGUGUUUGAUUUGCUUGUCUUCUUGUAUAUACAGAGUUACAAGAGGUUGCUGCCUAAAGGGCAUAAGGAUUCUGCAGCUGUCGCUGAUGUUUGGCCUUCAACCUCGGCUUUUGACGGGUUUUUGUCUGCCCUUUCUCCGUUGCAGUUGGUCCGCAGCAACAGCCGUAAGUUUAUGCCAUCUCAAGCCGAUGAACAGGCUCACCAGCUAUCCUAUUUGCAGAGACACAUCGGGAAUAUUCUUUCGCUCUUGGCAGACUCCACGGAAGGGGAAGUUGAUGACUCUAUGAUUCUGUCGAUGGAUAAAUUUGAGCAUCUUGGUUUUCUGAUUUAUUUUGUGGAGAAAGGAUCAUCUAAAAUCCCCAUGAGCCAGAUUGCACCAUUUUUUGCAAACUCCGAUCCUGAUAUGCCUGCUGCUCCUGUUCCUGCAUCACAAGUUAUUGACUGGCUUCUAGAUAAUAUAUCCUCGACAAUGGAAUAUAUUGCUGAUAGAGUUUCUCAGAAAGAAAGUGGCCCAGUUACUUCUUCUGAUCAGGAUGUUCAAAUGGGUGAUGCUGCUGCAAGUUCAUUGAAACCCUUAAGCAGUACUAAAGGUCCGAGUUUCAUCGAGGGGAUCUCUAAAUCAUCAUAUGUGAAACAAGCAUCUGAUCUUAAGGGUACAUCUGUAAAGGUUGUAAAUUGCCAUGAAUCAGUCAUUUACGUUUUGGCACCACUGAACUAUGCAACAGUCUAUGGAUGCUCUGAUGCAACUAUUGUCAUUGGAGCUGUUGGCAAGGCCAUUAGAGUUGAACAUUGUGAACGCGUUCAUCUAAUAACUGCAGCAAGACGUAUCUGCAUAGCAAACUGUCGUGAAUGUCUGUUCUUCUUGGGGGUUAACCAGCAACCCAUCAUUGUUGGUGAUAAUCAUAAGUUGCAGGUGGCUCCAUAUAAUACAUUCUACAAGCAACUGGAGGAGCACAUGAAUCAAGUUGGCAUUGUCCCUAACAUCAACAGGUGGGAUGAACCCGUGGCACUUGGACUGGUUGAUCCACAUGAUUCAUUAUCCCAUCCUGCUGGUGUUUCAGAUGUUCAAGCUGAAUCUGCUGCACGCCUAGACCCAGAUCAUUAUACUGAUUUUGUGAUUCCAAAUUGGUUGGAAAGUGAACAAGCUGGUUCAACAAAAGAUAAUCCCUUUCCUUUACCUGAUGCUUACCUUGCGUCACAGCAGAAGAAAACGAAAAGCUUGGGGGAGGUUAAGCAAGUUCUGAAAGACACUCAACUUGAAGAGAGCCGGAAAAGACAAUUGUCAAGUGCUCUCCAUGCUUGUUUUAAGGACUGGUUAUAUGCAUCAGGAAAUAUCCGGCAGCUUUACUGCUUACAGGGUGAAUGAGUGCAUAUGCUGUAGCUGGAGCAGAGCAAGUGAGAACGGAUUAUUUUUUUGGGGUUCAAUUGAUUAGUACCUGACCGGUUUGGUCUUUUCUUACCAUUUUUGUCGAAGAGGCUGCUGGGACUUGAAUGCUGUCAAGUUAGCUACUUGAAAUUACUUCACAGGGUCAAACUCAUGUAGAUUCCAGUUAACACGAAUAUGCUAACUUGUAAAUCCAAUUUGUGAAUUAUAUAUUAAUUCCGGAAUAAUGUUGUUAGAUUCAAGUACAGGGUCUCAAAGGAUCAAAAUAUGAGUUGAAAACUUUUUACA